CCCACGCAAGGAGGACAAACACAACAGGCUUUCGGUCAAGCACGCAAGCAAGCAACCACCAGGCAACCAGCAACAACGAUGGCGAGCAAAGAGUGGCCAAACGUGACGGUGCUGCGACGCACCCCACACCUCCGACACAUCAUGUCGAUCCUGCGUUCGGUAGACACGGAGCCACCCAAGUUUGCGGCCACAGCCGACCUGAUUGCGCGCCUCGUCGUUGCUGCUGCCCUUGAGCACGUGGAAUAUGAGGACUUGAAGGUCACAACGCCCACCGGUACCACGUACGAUGGCACGCGCCCAGCCAAGCAGAUUUGCGGUGUGAGCAUUCUUCGUGCCGGCGAGUCGAUGGAGCACAUCCUGCGUGAGUGGAUGCCGUCCGUCGUGAUUGGCAAAGUCCUCAUCCAGCGCGACGAGGAGACGGCGCUGCCAAAGUUUGUCUUUGACAAGCUCCCCUCCAAGAUCUGCAACUGCCAAGUCAUCCUCCUGGAUCCCAUGCUGGCCACUGGCGGCAGCGCCAUGAAGGCCAUCGAGGUGCUGCACUCCCACGGCGUGCCGCUGGCCAACAUUGUCUUCUGCAACAUCAUCGCCAGCCCCGAGGGCAUCGACACCCUUACAAAGCGGUUCCCGGAGGUGAAGGUGGUGACAGCGGAGGUGGACGACCACCUCAACGAGAAGAAGUACAUCAUCCCUGGUCUCGGCGACUACGGUGACCGCUACUUUGGCACAAUCUGAACACUCGCCAUCCUCGUCGUGUUCGCCGUGCCUGUCAUCAGGGUGUUUGUGUUUGGUUUGUACGUGUACUGCUGACACGAGGGCAUUCGGACGAACGCACGCAGACACGCCCCUGCCCUCCCUUCAUUGCGCAUGUUUGACUGGACUCGGCGUGAAAAUGAAUGUGUGUGUGUGUGUGUGUGUGUGUGUGUGUGUGUGUGUCACCGUUUCUCGUCAUGGCUGUGAAUUCUUGCUCUCCCUCUUUUCGUGUUUCUUCUCUUGUUCGUUGUAGCUGCCUGAACCUUGCCUCUGAUUUUGUAUUGUACGUGAAGCGUGUUACAUUGUUACUACACUUGAACCAAUGGCCCAGCGUCAACAUCAUCAACGAACCACACGCGC